GUCUGUGGCACCAUGCAGCACUAUGGAGUGAACGGCUACUCGCUGCAUGCCAUGAACUCGCUGAGCGCCAUGUACAACCUGCACCAGCAGGCAGCUCAGCAGGCACAGCACGCCCCCGACUACCGGCCCUCCGUGCACGCCCUCACCCUGGCUGAGAGACUGGCUGACAUCAUUUUGGAGGCACGUUAUGGAUCCCAGCACCGCAAACAGAGGCGAAGCCGCACGGCCUUCACCGCCCAGCAGCUGGAGGCCCUGGAGAAGACCUUCCAGAAGACUCACUACCCAGACGUGGUGAUGAGAGAGCGGCUGGCCAUGUGCACAAACCUGCCUGAAGCCAGAGUCCAGGUCUGGUUCAAGAACCGGAGAGCCAAAUUCCGGAAGAAGCAGCGCAGCCUGCAGAAGGAGCAGCUGCAGAAGCAGAAGGAGUGCGAGGGGAGCCACAGCGAGGGAAAGAUGGAGCCGCCUGUGCUGGAGAGCCAGGCUCCCACCCCGGACACUGAGAAGGUCCAGAGCCUCCCCAGCGAGGCUGGCACCGACCUCAACCUCACCCUGUCGGAGCAGUCUGCCAGCGAGUCGGCGCCCGAGGACCAGACCGACAGGGACGAGGAGUUCAAGAGCACCUUGGAUGAGGCCAAAGUGGACAAGAGCCCUGGUGUGGACAGCAAGGCUUUGAACUGCAAGAGAGCGAGCCCAAAAGCAGAGUCCCCUCUCGGCACGGCCGUGACGCCUUCCUCCAGCAGCGGCCUGGCCCAGACCCACUCCUACUCCUCCUCGCCCCUGAGCCUCUUCCGCCUGCAGGAGCAGUUCCGCCAGCACAUGGCAGCCACCAACAACCUGGUGCACUACUCCUCCUUCGAGAUGGGGACGCCGCCCGCCAUGCCCUACCUGGGCAUGAACGUCAACAUGGCCCCGCUGAGCUCCCUGCACUGCCAGUCCUACUACCAGUCGCUGUCGCACGCCCAGCAGGUCUGGUCCUCCCCCAUCCUGCAGGCCUCCAGCUCCCUGCCCAGCCUGAACAGUAAAACCACCAGCAUUGAGAACCUGAGGCUGCGGGCCAAGCAGCACGCGGCGUCCCUGGGGCUGGACACCCUGCCCAACUGAGCGCCCUGGGGACACGCAGCAGAGCUCGGCACUGCUCAGCACUCCUCGAUCCCCACCUCUCCCUGGAGUGAGGGGCUCCCUGGCAGGGAAAACUUGGCAUUUAUUUACGUCGUGCUAGCGCCACGGUAGCC